AUGAGAUUGUACGUAGUGCUCGCCUCAUGGGCCUCUCUCGCCCUCGCCGGCAGACAAGGCCUCAAAGCUCAAGUUCCGAUCCUCGAUCUGUGUGCGGCCAGCCCGCUGUUCCCCGACUACCAGCUCGCCUGUGGCAAAGGCUCCGUCUGGGCCGCGGACUCGGGCAUUCCACAUGGCAUCGCCAACAAUCGGACCAGUAAGCCGCCAAAGAAAGAAAUCUGGCGUUCGGACGAAGGGUGGCAUGGCCCUCACUCUUGCGCCGGGGCGUACUGCGCGUAUUCGCGACCGUCGUUCGCCAACGGCCGCGGUAUCGUACUCGUGAGCACGGCGUUCAAUGCCGAGGAGGCCUCGCACCUGUCCGCUUUCACCCAGCCGUCGAAUGAUAAGGACCAGGGCGACAGCGGCCUCUUCAAGGUCGUUGAGAUGCCCGGGAAAGGGCUCGGUCUCGUCGCGAACCAACACAUCAAGCGUGGUCAGCGCAUCAUGGCUCAUCCUCCGGCGGUCGUGAUUCAUCGGCGGUUCAUCGACAAGGUGGACCUUGAGAAUCAGUACAGGCUUUUAGAUAUCGCCGUCGCUGAACUGCCUGAGCCAACGCGCAAGAUCUUCAUGGAGCAGAUGGGGCAGUCUGGCGGACACAAGGUGCACGACAUCAUUCACACCAACUCAUUUGAAGUGAGGCUGGGAAUUAGAGACGGUCAUCACUUCGGAAACUAUCCUGAGGUUUCGCGGUUUAAUCAUGACUGCAGGCCAAACGUUGCGUUCUAUAUUGACUCGGACCUCCGCCACUACACCCAUGCUGUGAGAGACAUCAAGCCCGGCGAAGAGCUCACCAUCAGCUACGUUGACUCUCUCAGCUCUCGAAAGGUCCGCCAAGAUCGGGCACAUCGCAACUGGGGCUUCGGCUGCACCUGUGAGCAGUGCAGCCUUCCGCCGCCACUGGUCCGCGACUCGGACAACCGUCUGUGGAAGAUGUGGCAGAUAGAGCAAGACCUCAGUAACUGGAACUCGGUCAACUUCGACGAAGACAUGAUUGAGACCCUCAUAAGCCUCUACCAGCAGGAGAAUCUUCACGAAUCCAACGGUUACGAGGCUUACAAGUUAGCUGCUUUGAAUUACAACGCGCUGAAGAAGCAAGAGAAGGCAGUAGAAUAUGCGAAGCAGGCCAUUGAGCAGUUGCUGUUGGAGAAGGGGCCACAGGCAAAGGAUCUUAUCGACAUGAGGGCGCUUUCACAGGAGCCGACCAGGCAUUGGAGCUGGGGGAAACGAACUUGA